GGGAUUGGAGCUUUGCCGACAGAAUCUUUUCCUGAAGGGUGAAAGAUAGGAAGACACAAAGACAGAGCGUAAGAGAGAGAGCGAGUAGGAGAAGCUCAGAAAACGCAAGAGAGAAGGUGGAAUGGUUGAGUCGACCACCUCCAACUAACAGUCUAGAAGAGUACUCUCGGUGUGUGCAAACGCUGUGCUCCGACAUUUGGAAAACUACUCGCGUCUGCCGAAGAGAUGGAACGCUGGAAAGGCAGAGUGGCUUUGGUGACUGGUGCCUCAGUGGGCAUUGGAGCUGCAAUAGCCCGAGCUCUAGUCCAGCAUGGCAUGAAGGUGGUUGGCUGUUCACGGAGCGUGGACAAGAUAGAGAAAUUGGCCGCUGAGUGCCAGAGUGCUGGCUAUUCUGGGACCUUAGUUCCAUACAAGUGUGAUCUGUCUAAUGAAGAAGAGAUCUUGUCCAUGUUUUCUGCCAUCAAGACCCUUCACCAAGGGGUGGAUGUUUGCAUCAAUAAUGCUGGUCUUGCUCAUGCAGAAGCCCUACUCUGUGGAAAAACUGAAGGAUGGAGGAAGAUGAUUGAUGUCAACGUCUUGGCUCUGUCAAUUUGUACCAGAGAAGCAUAUCAGUCAAUGAAGGAACGAAACAUUGAUGAUGGGCAUAUUAUAAAUAUUAACAGCAUGUGUGGCCACAGAGUAGUCCACCAGCCUGCUGUUCACUUUUAUUCAGCAACCAAGUAUGCAGUAACAGCAUUGACAGAGGGCCUCCGCCAAGAACUUCGAGAAGCCAAGAGCCACAUCAGGGCCACGGCUAUAUCUCCUGAUCUGGUGGAAACAGAAUUUGCUUUUCGUCUGCACAAAAAUGAUCCAGAAAAAGCAGCUGCUACUUAUGAAAGCCUGAAGUGUUUAAAGGCUGAAGAUAUAGCCAUUGCUGUUACCUACGUCCUUAGCGCCCCUCCACAUGUGCAGAUUGGUGACAUCCAGUUAAGGCCAACAGAACAGAUAGCCUAGCAAAUGAAGCAGCAGAUGGCAUUAAGUGAAACAUUCCUCCAGUCUACAGUACUCAAUGUGGACACCGGCUGCACAAAGAAAGUGCUUACUGGAUUUGAAGGAUCUUGUUUGAGAGUUGAAUGUGUCCUUUGGAUCUCUUGGUUAAUGGAAUGUUCAUCUCCAACCACCACACUCUGGGUUUGAAAGGACAUAACACUAUUGUUUAAUUUGGAUUGGAUGCUGGAUUAAUAUGUCAAAUUUGGUGGGAUGUUUGUUUAUAAUUUAACAAAAAAUUUGGAUUGUUUUUGCUUCCAAGUGAUGCACGGUUGUUAUUAAUGUACAGUGGUGUGAAAAACUAUUUGCCCCCUUCCUGAUUUCUUAUUCUUUUGCAUGUUUGUCACACAAAAUGUUUCUGAUCAUCAAACACAUUUAACCAUUAGUCAAAUAUAACACAAGUAAACACAAAAUGCAGUUUGUAAAUGGUGGUUUUUAUUAUUUAGGGAGAGAAAAAAAAAUCCAAACCUACAUGGCCCUGUGUGAAAAAGUAAUUGCCCCCUGAACCUAAUAACUGGUUGGGCCACCCUUAGCAGCAAUAACUGCAAUCAAGCGUUUGCGAUAACUUGCAAUGAGUCUUUUACAGCGCUCUGGAGGAAUUUUGGCCCACUCAUCUUUGCAAAAUUGUUGUAAUUCAGCUUUAUUUGAGGGUUUUCUAGCAUGAACCGCCUUUUUAAGGUCAUGCCAUAGCAUCUCAAUUGGAUUCAGGUCAGGACUUUGACUAGGCCACUCCAAAGUCUUCAUUUUGUUUUUCUUCAGCCAUUCAGAGGUGGAUUUGCUGGUGUGUUUUGGGUCAUUGUCCUGUUGCAGCACCCAAGAUCGCGUCAGCUUGAGUUGACGAACAGAUGGCCGGACAUUCUCCUUCAGGAUUUUUUGGUAGACAGUAGAAUUCAUGGUUCCAUCUAUCACAGCAAGCCUUCCAGGUCCUGAAGCAGCAAAACAACCCCAGACCAUCACACUACCACCACCAUAUUUUACUGUUGGUAUGAUGUUCUUUUUCUGAAAUGCUGUGUUCCUUUUACGCCAGAUGUAACGGGACAUUUGCCUUCCAAAAAGUUCAACUUUUGACUCAUCAGUCCACAAGGUAUUUUCCCAAAAGUCUUGGCAAUCAUUGAGAUGUUUCUUAGCAAAAUUGAGACGAGCCCUAAUGUUCUUUUUGCUUAACAGUGGUUUGCGUCUUGGAAAUCUGCCAUGCAGGCCGUUUUUGCCCAGUCUCUUUCUUAUGGUGGAGUCGUGAACAGUGACCUUAAUUGAGGCAAGUGAGGCCUGCAGUUCUUUAGACGUUGUCCUGGGGUCUUUUGUGACCUCUCGGAUGAGUCGUCUCUGCGCUCUUGGGGUAAUUUUGGUCGGCCGGCCACUCCUGGGAAGGUUCACCACUGUUCCAUGUUUUUGCCAUUUGUGGAUAAUGGCUCUCACUGUGGUUCGCUGGAGUCCCAAAGCUUUAGAAAUGGCUUUAUAACCUUUACCAGACUGAUAGAUCUCAAUUACUUCUGUUCUCAUUUGUUCCUGAAUUUCUUUGGAUCUUGGCAUGAUGUCUAGCUUUUGAGGUGCUUUUGGUCUACUUCUCUGUGUCAGGCAGCUCCUAUUUAAGUGAUUUCUUGAUUGAAACAGGUGUGGCAGUAAUCAGGCCUGGGGGUGGCUACGGAAAUUGAACUCAGGUGUGACACACCACAGUUAGGUUAUUUUUUAACAAGGGGGCAAUUACUUUUUCACACAGGGCCAUGUAGGUUUGGAUUUUUUUUCUCCCUAAAUAAUAAAAACCAUCAUUUAAAAACUGCAUUUUGUGUUUACUUGUGUUAUAUUUGACUAAUGGUUAAAUGCGUUUGAUGAUCAGAAACAUUUUGUGUGACAAACAUGCAAAAGAAUAAGACAUCAGGAAGGGGGCAAAUAGUUUUUCACACCACUGUAAAUGUUAUGAAGUUGAAACUUAUAAGAAGUUUCUUUUUUGUUUCAGUUACUCUUUCUAAAAUAAUUACUGGUAAAGGUAUUUUGAUAAGUAUGAUUAAACUGUUAUGUAGUUUUUAUGUGGGUUGUUCAUUAAUGGUAUUCAUAACACCCUAAUGGUUUUGUUAAGGUUUUUUGUGUUUUAACAACCUCAAAUUAAAAGAUUUUGUUUUUUUCAGUUCAUCAGCAUAAAUGUAAGUGGUUACAUAUGCUUCAGGGUUCUUUCAGUUUUCACAUGUAUUUUUGUGUCCAAGUAUUCUAUAUGCCACUGUUAAAGUAGAGCUAUAGCUACUAGAAGACCAGUUUUCUCAUUGGUAAUAAAUCAGUAAUAAAUUAAUUAGACCAGACCCUUAUUCUUUUUAGAUUUCUGCCUAGAAACUGUAUAGCAUUAUAGAUUUGUUCACACAACAAAGUGAUCCAGUGGAUUCAGCACUUCAUUCUAGCUGGCAGGUCACUGUAAAAGGCUUGAAUUAAGUCCUAUAAUUCCAAUAAGUCCUAUAAAGAAACUUUGUAAUCAGUUAAUUAAAAGGACUCAUGUUCUUGCACAAGUAACAACAUAAGCUUGGCUCAGCAUUAUUGGUUACAACCAUUGCAGUUUUCAUACAUUGGUAGAUUAGAAAUACCAAGGCUAGAUGGAAGUUAAAGGUGUUUUCCUGACAGUGAUAUGUUUAAAGAUAAACUUGUUUUCUUUAAUGUGUUGUUAGAUUAAAAUAACAUACAAAAAUGAGAUUAGCUUGUGGUAUAUGUUGAUACAGUGAUUUAGGUUGAAGACAACUUACCAGACAAUAUGACUGACUUAAUGGCAGUUUUUCUUUCUGUUUUUGGCAUUAAUCCACAGUGGAAUCUUCCUGAGACAUUUAUUAUUUUUGGAGUAAUAUGGGAUAAAAUUUGGCGCAUUAGCACGUUAAUAUGUUUAGUUUGGAUUUAACACCCACCCCAAAUCUUGCCAUUGGCAACUGAAUGAUUAUUUUCCCAUGUUUAUUUGUGGUAUGUGAUGAUAAACUUUAUUAAAUUUUUUAAAGCUGCUUUAA